GGCAGUAGCGGCUGAGCCCAGGAUGCUGAGGAGGCGGCGCGGCGGCUCCUCACUCAUUCCAGAUGUUGGUCAUCUUUCUGAAGUACACUGUCAAUGGCCUGAAUGUUUUCUGAAAAUCAUUUGAAGCAAAAUAUCUGUUUAAUAGCAAGAUAAUCACAUCAAGAUGGUUGGAAAACUGAAGCAGAACUUACUAUUGGCAUGUCUGGUGAUUAGUUCUGUGACUGUAUUUUACUUGGGCCAACACGCCAUGGAAUGCCAUCACCGAAUAGAAGAACGUAGCCAGCCCCUCAAACUGGAGAACAUAAAGACCACUGUGCGAACUGCCCUGGACAUCAAAGCCAAUAAAACCUUUGCCUAUCACAAAGAUAUGCCUUUAAUAUUUAUUGGAGGUGUGCCACGGAGUGGAACCACGCUCAUGAGGGCCAUGCUAGAUGCACACCCUGAUAUUCGCUGUGGAGAGGAAACCAGGGUCAUUCCUCGAAUCCUGGCUCUGAAGCAGAUAUGGUCACGGUCGAGUAAGGAGAAAAUACGCUUGGAUGAGGCUGGUGUCACCGAUGAAGUGCUGGAUUCUGCCAUGCAGGCCUUCUUACUAGAAAUCAUUGUGAAGCAUGGGGAGCCAGCCCCUUAUUUAUGUAAUAAAGAUCCUUUUGCCCUGAAAUCCUUAACUUACCUUGCUAGGUUAUUCCCCAAUGCCAAAUUUCUCCUGAUGGUCCGAGAUGGCCGGGCAUCAGUGCAUUCAAUGAUUUCUCGAAAAGUUACUAUAGCUGGAUUUGACCUGAACAGCUAUAGGGACUGUUUGACCAAGUGGAAUCGUGCCAUUGAGACCAUGUAUAACCAGUGUAUGGAGGUUGGCUAUAAAAAAUGCAUGUUAGUUCACUAUGAGCAACUUGUCUUACAUCCAGAACGGUGGAUGAGAACAGUCUUAAAGUUCCUCCAAAUUCCUUGGAACCACUCAGUAUUACACCAUGAAGAGAUGAUUGGAAAAGCUGGGGGAGUAUCUCUGUCAAAAGUGGAGAGAUCUACAGACCAAGUCAUCAAGCCAGUCAAUGUGGGUGCUCUAUCAAAAUGGGUUGGGAAGAUACCACCGGAUGUUUUACAAGACAUGGCAGUGAUUGCACCCAUGCUUGCCAAACUUGGAUAUGACCCGUAUGCCAAUCCACCUAACUAUGGAAAACCUGAUCCCAAAAUCCUUGAAAACACCAGAAGGGUCUAUAAAGGAGAAUUUCAGCUACCUGAAUUUCUUAAAGAAAAACCUCAGUCUGAGCAAGUGGAGUAGCAGAGCCAGGAACCUUUUACAUACAUGAGGGAAGACUGCUGCCUUUUUGGCCACAGAGAAAUUUCUAGGACUGGCUGUCCCCUGCUGAAAUCAGUGGAGUGUAUGUACCAUGCCUACAUCUCCUGCUUAUUUGCCAGUCUCCUUCCCCUGAGAGAGUGGGAUAUCAGCACACGUUGGGACCCUCCUGAGUGACCUGCUUCCCAUGUACAGCGCUCUCGAUCCUAAUUACACGCACAGCCCUGUGGAGAAGGAACCCAGCAGGGAUGUGUGCUUUCUGUUAAAACUGCUCUGGCCCUCAUCUUUUCUUACCAGAUUCCAAACUUUGUUUUCAAGGGGAGGGUUUAAAAAUGGGAUCCUGUAAGCAAAAUUGGGCAGUUUCAUCUUGGACUAGGUUGUCUGUACAUGUUCUAAUGUUUUGUAGAACACUUGUGCCUGUUGAAAUGUUUGAUGUGGAUAAUGUUACAUAUCUUAAUUAUUUAAAUAACUCAUUGUAUUGUUUCUGAGAAGUUGAGGAAUUACCACAUACAUUUACAAUUUGAUGACUUUUGUAUUUUAUUUUUCAAAAUAAAAGCUUUAAAUGUGAAGCACUCUGCUAGUUUACAUGUUUUCAUUGCUGUGAUUUUAGAGAAGCAAUAAGACGUAUCAGAUGAUGAUCUAAUAAACCAAAGUUUCUUCAGUUCCUGUAUUUCAGAUAUUCUGAGUGGAGUUUUUGCUGUAAUUUAUUUCAGAGAGACCCACUACCAUCCUUUUGUCUCAGAAUCCUGUUCUUUUGUUUCCUU